AUACCUCGUAAUUUUUUGUUCGUGUAUACUCGGGUGUCAUAUGGUCAACAGGAAAGCAUGUCACUGAGAGAAGAAAUAGCAAAGUUAACCACCCCAGCGCCCGUUUUCUGUGACCCAGAGGAUGAUCUCGAGGAUGUUACAACAGCGAAACUAACAGAGAAGGGGGAAGAUAAUGAGGAGUUCUCUCCCUUGCCAGCCAGCAAGUUAAGACGGAGAGUGGCAGUUCAAUCUACUGACACUGAACAAAAGUACGCUGGACGGAAAAUUUCACGACAGAAACUCACAGACCUAGAGUCAGAUGACAGUGGAUCUGAGCAGUCUGCAGAGAAUGAGUCUAUUAACGGUGAGGAAGAUGAUGAUUCAUCAAUUGAAGAGGAAUCCAUGAAUAUUGAGGAGGAAGAGGAGGAGGAAGAUGAAGAAGAUGAGGCUGUGGACAGUGAAGCAGAGGAGGAGGAGUUGUCUGCCCUUGGGUCAUUCAAAGUCAAAGUGCAGUCAAAUACAGAAAAGGUUGAGAAAGAAGAAGAAAAAUUCAGUUUUGUAGAUGAUGGUGAUUACGGUAAGUAUUAUGACUCAGAAGAUGAAGCUGUGGAUCAGAGCAACGAUGACGAUGAUGAUGAUGACCAGAGCAAUGAUGAUGAUGAUGACGACGACACCAAUAAUGAUGAUGGAUUGGAGGAAGGAGGUGAAGAAGAAAUGGAAGAAGAUGAAGUUUCAUCACCAACUGAGGGAGGGGUGAGCAGUUUCUCGAAGUCCAGAUUAGAUGAGGAGAUCCAGAAAGGAGAGGCAGCCAGACAACAAUUAGGUCUGUGGGACAGUUUAUUGGAAGGAAGAAUCAAGUUCCAGAAAAUUCUGACUGCUGUCAAUCAACUUCCCCAGCCAGACACCUGGAGAGAUUUCGAGAAAUCAGGGGAAGACAACUUUAAGGAAAAAGCAUCCUCGGUUCAGAGAUUGCUAGAGAAUCUUCUGCAGAAACUGAUCCGGCUACAGUCUGUCCUGCUUUUACAGAACUCUGAAACUCAGUACAUUGAGUCUGGACAGAAAAAACCAGUCAAGAAGGCGGAGGACCCAGAUGAUGAGGAAAUAACUAGCGAGUCUGACUCAGAGGAAACCAAGCAGUCAACAGAAAAAUUCAAGCCACAGAAGAGCGCAGCAAAAAGGAAACUCACAAUGGAGGAAAUCCCGGAAUUCCUGGCCAAGCGGCAAAAAGACUUCCAGAGUUACAGGAAUAACACUUUAGAGAAAUGGUACGACAAGACACGCCUCCUUGGGGGUAAAAUCUCCAGUAAAAGCUUCAGUGGAUUCGAACAAUCGGCUCUGAAACAAAUAGAACAGAUCAUGACAGACAAGGACAGGCUGAUCAAAAGAACUCAAAUGAAGCGAGCUAGCUACCGAGUUCUGGGAAAAACAGAGGAAACCCACACAUCUGCAGAUCAGGAGCAAGAGCUGGAGACUGAAAGGAAAAAUCCCGAACAUACACACGACCCCGAGAUUUUUGAUGACAGUGACUUUUACCACCAACAGCUGCGGGAACUCAUUGAGAGGAAGACGUCGGACAUCAAUGAUCCCAUUGCCCUCAGCAGACAAUGGCUGGAAAUCCAGAGACUGAGAAACAAAGUCAAGAGAAAAGUGGAAACAAAAGCCUCUAAAGGGAGGAAAAUCAGAUAUCAUGUACAUUCAAAACUUGUCAACUUCAUGGCGCCCAAAGAAACCUGCACCUGGACCGAUGAAGCCAGAGAUGACCUAUUUAGGUCUUUAUUUGGCCAGAGAAGCACCACACAAGCAGCGUCCUCUGAUGAGAGCGCGGUCAGCAGAUGACCCUCUCAUGAGACCAUGGUUAGCAGAUGACCCUUUGAAGAGACCACGGUCAGCUGAUGACCCUCUGAUGAGAUUGCAGUAGGCAGAUGACCUGCUGAUAUCACCUUUGGACAUUAUUAUUAACUGUAAAAUGGGACAUAAUAGUUUAUAAAAUCAAACCUUUCA